CCCAGAACGGAGUUCCGGCACCUUUUUUGGAUGGAACCUUGUAAGGUAGGCAAGGCGGGUUGUAUGACAUGUGUGAGUUCUGGCACUUUUUUUUUUUUAAAGAAAAAAGCACUGCUUAAAAUUGUCACAUUUGGAGACCCAAGGACUAUACUUAACUGGUUUCAACCCGUGUGUUCACUGCAUUCUAUUUAAAAACUCUGUGCUCUCACUUAUGACAAUGAAUUAAGUCAAUCCGAGUUCUGAUUUUAUGGGACCAGCAUUUCUUGUCUAUUUUUCCCCCUCCCAAUCAGUAUAUUAGUGCCUUGAAAUUUGUAUUUAGCAAACUAUAUGUCUUUGUUUAUAAGACAUUUUGAGAAAUGAGAAGUUUCACAUAGACAGCAGAUGCUUCUGUGGUUUAUUCUUGUUAAGAGAAAGUGGAUUUUUCCAGUCCUACAAAUCAAACAAUAACAACAUUCCGACUGCUAAAAAAAAAAAGAAGUUUGUGUUUUGAAAAGUAUCUAAGUGGCUAAAAUGCUUUGGGGGACAUGUAGUUGCUUCUGGGAGAGGAAGUACACCUGUUCACUGGGGAAGCCUCAUGGGGAACAUAGUAGUUACACAGAAAGACGUUGGUUGAACCAACCUGAGAUUUUCUUCUCUGACAAUAGAUUGGAUCAGAUACGUGCAAAGGUAAGUGUUCAUGAAGAGAGGUAUACUAUUUUCAUUUUUAAAUACAAUUUCAGGAUUAAUUUAAUAUAAUUGUUCAAUAUAAUUUCCAAAAGGCCCCCGUUGUGCUGUUUGCUAUUGUUCAUAAAGGCCCAUUUGAGAGUUAAAAGAAAAUGAUUUUUUUUUAAUCUGAGAUUUUAUCAAACAAACAACUCUUGUUUGAUAAAAUCUCAGAUAAAAAAAAUCAUUUUCUUUUAAUUCCAAGAUGCUGGAAUAAUUCUGUGGACUUCACCGCUUGUGAUGGCAAACAUUCCAUGCUGAAGUGCAUCUGGAGAUUCAUUUAGAAUAUGUAGGAGUUUGCAAUUUAGUAUAUGGAAUAAGUUACAUUAAUAUUUUAUGUACCCAAACGCACACAAUCAGUUUAAGAUUUUAAAAUUUAUUUUUAUUUAUCACUGCCAUAUCUAGCCUGCUCUACUUCACACAGUUCUGCUUAAUGUUCUAGUAGUUUUAAUCUAGAGAUUUUUCACUCUAGAUUUUUCACUCUUAGACUACCCAAGUCCCUCCUUCAAAAAACUUUGGGAGAAGCCCAUGAUGGAAUCUAUGAGCCAUUGUCUGAUAUGAGUUAUGUCCAAUCAUUCUUUCCUGGUGACUGAGUUCAUCUUUGCUGGGUUUUCUGAACGGCCACAAUUGCGGAUGCUCCUCUUCGUUCUGGUUUUCUCCAUGUAUGCUAUGUCCCUUGCUGGAAAUACUAUCAUCACCACUGUGAUCAGGCUCAAUCCGGUCCUUCAUAUACCCAUGUACUUUUUCUUGACCAACCUCUCCCUCCUAGAAAUAUGCUACACAACCACCAUUGUUCCUAAGAUGCUAGCAAGCCUGAUGUCAGAGCAUAGGAAGAAGAUAGCUCUCUGGGGUUGUGCUACCCAGAUGUAUUUCUUCACCUUGUUUGGAAUCACAGAAUGCUGUCUCCUUGCUGCCAUGGCCUACGACCGCUAUGUGGCCAUCUGUAACCCCUUGCGUUAUACUAUCAUCAUGAGCCCAACUGUCUGUGUCCAGCUCUCAAUAGUGUCCUGGUCAGUAGGAUUGAUGGUGGGGCUGGGUCAGGCCAACUAUGUCUUUAGCUUGACCUUUUGUGGCCCCAAUAGGAUCAACCACUUCUUCUGUGACAUCCCACCACUCUUGACGCUGGCUUGUGGUGACACCUCCAGAAAUGUGAUUGCUGUAUACAUGGUGGCCGUCCUUUUUAUUACCACACCUUUCCUACUGAUUCUGACCUCUUAUGUCUACAUUGUCAUCUCUGUUUUGAAGAUCCCAUCAGCUGAAGGCCGUCAGAGAGCUUUCUCCACCUGUUCUUCUCACCUCAUUGUGGUCUCGCUAUUUUAUGGGUCAGGCAUUAUCACGUACCUUCGGCCCAAAUCCAGCUAUUCAGCUGAGAGUGACAAACUGUUGGCCUUGUUCUAUACAGUUGUGACAUCCAUGCUGAACCCCAUAAUCUACAGUUUAAGGAACAAGGAGGUUAAGGUGGCUUUGAGAAGAAUGAUGGGCAACAAACUAUGCUCUGGGGAAGAUCAAAAGUGAUUGUUAUUGGAAUGGUUUCUUAUCCUGUGGUGUCCAUAUAAUCCUACGGUGAAUAUUUUUUUCCUGACCAAAACUAGUUAUCACCUACAUUGUUAUAUUUCCGUGUUUCUGCUGUAUGUAUGUAAAUGUUGGUUGGUUGUUACUCCUUGGCCAGAUAAAUAAUCUGAAUAAUUGAAAUUUAGAAACACUGGAGGGGAGUAUCCUCAGUAGGUGGCCCCAUCUAGUUGGUUAGCUUUUGGGUGGAGAAGCAUUGGAAGCCCCAAGACCGUAGGCUGAAGUGGAAAACUGAAAAGAAAAAUAUCCUGAAAGAAAACAAGGAUAAACCACUUCUACGUAUUUCAUAGCCAAGAAAACAUCAUCUAUUUAUUUUAAUGCUAGUUUUAAUCUGGACUGAAUCAAUGUGACAGUAUUUCCUUUGCUGUUACAAGUUGCUUAGACACAUAGAUAGAAAAUUGGGAUGUACAUCCAUUAAACCUAAGGCAAAGUGUAUGAUCAUCAGCAAUUCAGGUUGAUUUGAGGGAGCUUUCAUGAUUAUUUAGGAGUGUGCAGAUACUAGAUCAGACUUGGAGAUUUUAUAGCCCCAGCCCACAUCCUGCCCUUUGGCUAUCCUUGUCCAGCCUGCUUGAGGUCAAUUGGAAACUAAAAAUCAAAUGUAAUUAAGCAUACACCACAAACACAAUACAACUGCAUUAUUUUUAUUCUGAA